AUGUGUAUUACGUAUUGUUUUUGUGUUUGUCCGUCAUCGCCUCCGCCAUCCGACAUUAACCCAUGGCAGUCGCCACCGCCAUCGCCGUUGUCACUAUCAUCACCAUCGUCACCGUUGUCGUCACCACCGUUAUCGCCUUCGCCACCAGUGUCGUCACCGCUGCCACCACCGCCGUCGCCGUUGUCACCAUUGUCACCAUCAUCACCGUUGUCGUCAUCACCACCAUCGUCACCGCCGUUAUCGCCUUUUCCACUAGUGUCGUCGCCACCGCCACCAGUGAUUAAACCAAACCCACAGCCUCAAAAUCCGUCAACAAUGGUUAAACCAAAUCCGUCCAUAGCACCAUCACCAUCGGUGACUAAACCAAACCCACAACCGCAAAAUCCACCAACAAUGGUUAAACCAAAUCCAUCCAUUGAAGCACCACCACCAACAAUUGUGUACCUGGAUCUGAGUGGCAACAAUUUUGGAGGACAAAUUCCAGGAUUCCUAGGUUCUUUGCACAACCUCUCUAAUUCUGGAUUUGAGGGAUCAAUCCCGCCUCAAUUUGGAAACCUUACAAGCCUGCAAGAGUCUUCAAUGACUUACCAAUCUUACAAAGCUGAAAUUCCUUUCUUUGAGUGGCAUAACUCUCAGCAAAGCCUCCGAUUGGUUUCACUUGAUCUUAGUUAUAACAGUUUCCAGGGUUAUCUCCCUGAUGGUCUAAGAAACAUGACCUCUCUUACAUAUCUCGGUUUUUCGAGGAACCGAUUCAAUUCAUCGAUACCCGACUGGUUGUACAGUUUGAACCGAUUCAAUUCAUUUGCAGACUGGGUGAAAUCAAAUAUGCACCCUCUUGUUGUGAAAGAGCAUACAAUGGUCUCGAAGGGUGUUUUAAUAGGCUAUCUUCUGUUGAUGUUUCUGAGUAUUUCGGCUCUCAACAAUGGUGUCUCGGGAGCAAAGUUUCUAAGAGAGAAGCUUGAAGAUGAUCAAGCGGAGACUGCUCAGAGGAGAUGGAAGUAUGAGAACGUGGAUAAUGGGACAGUUAGGUUUUUUGCAACAGUUGACAGACAAGUGCCCUCUUGCCCUGAUCCAUUACACAACAAGUAG